AAAUGUUUCCGGUGAACUUGCCACCGCAACCAUGUUCCGUCCUAAGUUGCCGAACUUUUACUAUAACCCCGUUAGUCUCUAGUGCGCAGACAACUAUCCAUCUAUUGAUCUUCUUCUAAACCUUUCGGUACCCCAUGGGUGCGAUCACGCAAUCAUCAUUUCAAAUUCAAAACCAACAACCGUGACCACCUUCUGCCAUCAUGGCACCUUUGCGUCGAUCGCAGCGUGCAGCAACUAGGAAGACUUACAAAAGCACCGAGUCUGAGCCUGAAGAUGAUGACUACGGCAAUGAUCAUGCAGACGAGGCCCCCGUCAACAAGAAGUCUCGCCCCAAGAAAGCCGGCCAAGAUGCGAAAAAAUUCACCCCAGCUGCUCCAAAGCGUUGCCGAAUACGUAGACUCCUCCAGAAAGUGGCGGAAACGCCUUUGGACAUACUUUUCGAGCGCCCAUCUACUUUUGUCUGGAAGAGAGCACGAGGAAACGUUGAAGGGUUACCACCCCUGCCCGACGAUCUGAGCGAACCAAAAUAUGCUCAUUUGGCCUAUGAUAAGCACUGUGUCAAUUGUUUGUGCCUGACGAAAUUCGUCCAGUGGGAGUCAAGGACCAAAUAUUGCAGGCAAUGUCUAGAGACUUCUGACCUUUUCACCACCAUCGUCCCCGAUGCUUUUUCUGGUCUUGUUCCCGUAUUUGAAUUCUGGACUCCGGCACGACGUUACAGAAGAGUACGUCAUGGCUACUAUUACGUGCCAGCUAUUAAUGCCCUGCGCGAAGAAUCCGAGACAUUGUGUGAUGAAACAAUGGAUGGUUGGGUAAGGAGAAAACGGGUUAUGUACACGACCUUACAACAUAAUGCACUGUUAUGUGAUGAAUGGUCUACAAGCCGUGCAGAAGAUCGCACCAAUGAGCUCGAUAACCUCCGCUCCCAGAGGCUCGAAAAAGUUAUCGAGCGUCUAACAAUCCUAGGAUGGGGCGAGGAAAUGCACACUCCUGCGCUUAUUCAUGAACUGCGCUGUCAUAAAUUAGUAAGGCAGCCAAGGCCUUUGACUGAGCGAGCAUGGGCCACUAUGUCUGGUGCCUUGGUCCCCAUAGUCGAGCGACACAAAGCUGACAGACUCGAACGGGAGAUGAUUCGUGCCGUUGAGACAAGGGCCCGUUCGUUCGCUACUGCCUACUCCGAUGCUACACGGGAUGUUCCCCUACUUCCUAUCUUUCCAAAGGCGGUGGAUGCGGCUUUGUUGGAGCCUUUCUCAAAAAUAGUGUUCGACACACCCUUGGAUCAGGAUAUCACCGAACCUUUGAAAGCAGCGUGGAUUCAUCUUCCAGAAGUUGCAGUGAAGUGGCGGGAGACCCAGGAUUCCGGGCUGCGAGCUCUGAUGGAGAAGGCAGGUUUGAAACCGGAUCUCAAUCUUGCUACAGCCUUUUUCUCCUGCAACUAUUGCCGCCGCGUCUGCCAAUAUCCUUAUGUCUUGGCUCACUGCUGUGCAUUAUCAUACCGUGGGAGAAUCUUCAAUUCUGAAGACUGGAUGACCUAUGCCUUGAUGCAUAUGUCUCCUGGAGCGAGCGUGGCUUGGUCAGCGAGCCAGUACACGGUCGGCGGAGAUGCGCUCAAAAAGGUGCAGUAUAUCAUUCAAACAUGUGGCCUAAACCCAGAGACUGCAACGUGUGAAGAUAUGAAUUCAUUGGACUGUCGUGUAAUAUACAACUAUCACAAUAAUUAUCUGGUUGAGUUUGUCAUGCAAUGGCAAACUGCUGCGUGUUAUGAAGACUACAAGGGUGCCAGUCCAAAUGCGUGGAAAUUGCUUGACGAUGCAGAAAAACUGGAACGUGUCAAAACCCUUGAGAAAUUAGACAAAGAAGCUGGGUACACUAGCUAUACGUCAAAGGAUUCUUCCUAUUCGCGGGGGAAACUUGUAUGCAGUCAUUGUAAAGUUUUGAGGUGCUCAGGUCGCGAGCUGGAGGAUCAUUUGCUUGAAGCGCACAGCACAACCAGCGUGUCUUCGGAUGAUUGGGAUUGGCCUGUGAACAUGUCAUACAAUACCGGCAAUGGGAGAGGUGUCUUUCUCCACGCUGCAUUGAAGAUUGGUUCGGUGGAUCCACAGCCGGUACCGUAACUGCGAGUUCUAAUGCGCCAGCGUCCAGCUCCCAUUCCGACGCUGCCAGCUCUAGCGCUGAUUAAAGAUAUCGAGACACACUGGACGAUGGUCGUAUGUACUUCUAUUGAGCACUGUAUUUU